GGCGUGGAAAUCAGCUGCCAUGCCAUGUCAUCAGUAUUCUUGGAGCACGAGGAAUCGGAGCCCAAACAAUGGCGUCGCCGAUCAAGAAUCCGUCGGAUUCAGCCUCUGGGAAUGACAACAAUGGCGGUUCAGGGGAUGCCCAGAUUCCAUUCAAGAUCUUCAUAGGGUAUGACCCACGGGAGGACACUGCCUUUGAGGUCUGCAGGCAUUCCCUCCUGAAGAGAUCUUCAAUCCCCAUUGAAAUCCACCCCAUCAAGCAAUCCGAUCUGAGGCAGAAGGGCCUUUACUGGCGUGAGAGAGGGAAAUUGGAGAGCACUGAGUUCUCAUUCACACGUUUCUUGACCCCACACCUUGCAGGGUACCAAGGGUGGGCCAUGUUUGUUGAUUGUGAUUUCCUCUACUUGGGUGACAUUAAAGAAUUGAGGGAUUUGUGUAAUGAUGAGAAUCUUGCUGUGAUGUGUGUCCAACAUGAUUAUGCCCCAAAGGAGACAACCAAAAUGGAUGGGGCUGUCCAGACAGUGUACCCUAGGAAGAACUGGUCAUCCAUGGUUCUUUACAACUGUGGGCACCCUAAGAAUAAGGUCCUAACACCAGAGGUUGUGAAUUCUGAGUCUGGGGCAUUUCUCCACAGGUUCAUGUGGCUUGAGGAUCAUGAGAUUGGGAGUGUCCCAUUUGUGUGGAACUUCCUUGUGGGACACAAUAGGGUUGUUGAGGGUAACCCAGACACCUUCCCAAAGGCCAUUCACUACACACUUGGAGGGCCUUGGUUUGAAGCUUGGAAGGAUUGUGAGUUUGGGGAUUUGUGGCUCAAGGAGUUGGAUGACUACAAGAAGUCAAAAGCGACGCAAAAGGCCUCGAAUUGACCUCAAAUCACCGGGGCCCGCUGCGUGAUUUUGAGGCCAAAUUCGUAUGCUGGUUAUGCAUUUUGGCCUCAAAAUCGAGUCUUGGAUUUUCGGGU